CCAUGGCUCAGCUUUAUGCUGUACUGCGCAUCGGAGGGGCAACGUUCCGCAUUGGCUUUUUUUUCAAGAUUCUAUUGACAGAGUGGGGAGGCACCGCGAGAGGAUUUUGAAUUUAAAUGGAAGAUGGCGGGAAAGAAGACUAGAUCUCGGCGCUAGGCUCUGGAGAUAUAAAUCCGGCUGUUUGUCAUUGCAUCACUGGAAUCGAAAUGGAUUACUCGAAAUUUUUCGCGCGGCGAACGACUUUUCGCACGGACAAUCUCAUCAGGCGUUUGACCAAGAUAUAUUAUCAAAACCCUGGGUCUGUUAAUCUCGGCUCGGGAAUGCCCAACACCACGCUCUUCCCAUUUCAAAAUUUAUCAUUCACCAACGGCGACAAAACAACGACACUGACUCCACAAGAACUAGCGACUGCAUUGCAGUAUGGACCGUCUCCUGGAUAUUUACCAUUGCUCCAAAAGUGGAAGGACUUCCAGAAGAAUCGGCACAAUCCACUGUUCGAGAACUGGGGCAUUGCCAUCGUUCCUGGCUCGCAGGACGGAUUUUAUAAAGUUCUGGACAUGAUUAUUGAAGAAGGAGAUCCCAUCAUGGUUCAGGCACCAGGAUACACUGGAACUAUAGCCGCAGUCCACGCAAUGGCUCCGGAAUACAUUGGAAUCCCUCAAGACGCCGACGGGAUAAUUCCCGCUGAAAUCGAGAAAAUUUGCAGCGAACGAAGAAAUAAUAACAAAAAAUUACCAAAAGCCCUCUGUGUGAACCCCAUCGGUGCGAAUCCCACAGGAACGGUCCUCACAACCGACCGGAAACGGGAGAUCUAUCAACUCGCGAAGAAGUACGAUUUCCUGAUAAUCGAGGACGACCCCUAUUAUUUUGUGCAUUUCCUGGACUCCCAGCCGCCGUCGUUCCUAUCCAUGGACACAGACGGGCGGGUUAUCCGGCUGGACACAUUCAGCAAGAUCAUCAGCUCCGGAUUGCGCCUCGGAGUUGUCACUGCGCAUACAGAAGUCAUUGAUAAGCUCAUCGUCAGCAUCCAGAACACUGUCCUCCACGCGUCCUCCUUAUCGCAGAUGCUGUUGUUCAAGCUUCUGGAUGACUGGACAACAGAAGAGUUUGAAAAUCACAUAAAGAAAGUUCAGACUUUUUACAAGUCUCAGCGGGAUGUCAUGAUCAAGUGCUUGAAGAUUCAUUUGGAAGGCCUGGCAGAGUGGACGGUCCCCAAUGCUGGAAUGUUUAUUUGGAUUAAGCUCAAAACCAGUCACAAUGCCCUCAACUUGUUAAUGGACAAGUUGAUCCCCAACGGUGUUUUCAUGAUUCCUGGGAGUGCGUUUAAUUACGAGGACACCCCAGACGAUCACCACUUGCGUUUGUGCUACAGCUUCUCCACGGAGGAGGAAAUAAAUCGGGCACUGGAGGUCCUGGUGCGGUUCCUACGCGAAAAUAUAACACCAGAGGAUACUAAAGCAGGAACCGAAUGAAUAAUCAUGUAAUUCGCCUGAAUGACGUUAUGUAACGUAUUAAUUUAUAGAAAUAUAAAAUGUUUACU